AUGCCGGAAGCUGGCUGGAGAAAGAUGUCGGAGUCAUUGGCAGUGGCCCCUAUAGAGCUGACUCGCGCAUCUGCAUCGCUGCCUGGCCACUGGAUAGGCAGCGGGGCCGCCGAGUUCGAAGCGAGCCAACGACAUGGCGUCGACAGUGUCGCUUUCGACUCCUGGUAUCCCUUCAGCAUGGAGUUCCGUCCGGCUGCAGGUGCUCAGAACUGCGGCUACGAGACCACGCCUGCACUGCUGGCAUUGAACGCUCUCCUUGUCGCUGGUUUCCUUUGGCUUCGUCCACCAAAGCGCGUUUUCUUCUGGACCAUGAUCACGACCUUCUGGUGGUACUGUGGGCUCAUCAGCCCAAUGGGAUACAGGUCUGUUGACACGUGCUUCCAGUAUAUGGGCCGCUUUGCUUAUUUC